GGCCCCCUGAGCCCCCAGGGCACUGGCCUCCACGGGUCCAUCACCCUUGAUCCCUGGUGCCAGUGGGUCACACGGUGGUGGGUGCUCACCCCACAUUUGCAUGGCAAGGCGACCCAGCUGCAGGCAGGGGUCUUGGGGCAUGGAGAAGUGGAGACACACAGGCCCCUGCGCGUCUGGGCUGCCUCUUGGGGCACCGCUGCAGGUGUGCCGGACACAGCUUGUCUGAAGAUGCAGAGGCCCGUGUGUACGUGGGAGGUGGCGGGGCUCCCCAGGAAAGCCCUGGCAGGUGCCCCCGUGGAGGCAUGCCCUCGCCUGGCUUCCAUCGCCAGGUCCAGAGUCCAGCCUGGCCCAUGUGGGUCACUCCGCCCCUUCCCAUGGCUGAGAGCUGUCCCCUCUAAAUAUAGCCCAGCGGGCUGAGCGCAGGCCUAUUUUGGGCCCAGGCUGGGAGGCGGCCAGGCCUUCCCCAGUUUCUCGGAGGGGCUGCCCGCCACUGCCUCCAUCCCGUCCUGCGGCUGGGCACCGACAUCGGGGCGGACUGCCCACCCGUAUCAUGCCUGAGGAGACCCAAGAAGACACCACGACGCCGAUGAGCCAGAGGAACAGGGCACCGCUGGCCCCCAACCACGUGCAGGAGGUGCGUCUGCACCAUGUGGAUUCCAUCAGCGACCUGCACAUCGGAGGCUCGCUGCACUCCUACCUGGCCGAGGAGGCACAGCCGUGGGACGAGCUGCUGGGCAUCCUGCCGCCGUCGCUGUGCGCCCAGCCCGGCUGCAGCCCCCUGCACAGCCGUGGGGGCUUCCUGCUGCUGCUCGCGCUGCUGGUGUUCACCUGCCUGGCGCUCGCCGUUGUGGCUGUCUACUUGAGUGUGCUGCAGAGCGAGUCCCUACGCGCGCUGGCGCACACACUGCACACGCAGGAGGAGACGCUGCUCAGACUCCGGCUGGCCAGCCUCAGCCAGCUGCGGAGGCUCAACUCCAGCGAGGCCCGAGCACCCAGCUGAGUUGCCGCUUGGACCCCGAGUCUGGGGGGCGGGGCGGGGUGUGGGGGAGGAAUAAAGUGGCCGCUGACAGGUUCCCCCUCUCCCACUGCCGCUCCACACUACUUCCUUGGUGAGGUUGUGUGUGACAACCUGACCUGACUCCACAGCUGCCUGCUUCUCCUGGCGUCUUCGGGCCAGGCCUGGCCAAGCCUGCUGGUGCCAAGGCUCUGCUUUGGGUGGCCCAAGGUCAGGAGGAAGCGACACCAGCCUCCCAGGCCCUCCUGUGGCCUGCCUGCCCUCUUUGGCAUCCUCCAGAUAGUGGCUCAGAAGUCUAGAAAUAUCUGCCCCUCUGGUCACCCAAGCUUUGCCAGGCCUCCUGGCGGGGGGCGCAGCCUCAACUCUCGAAGAGGGGCCAGACUGUGUCAGAGGAGGGCCAUCUGGGGAGACUCUGGGAGGGCAAGGGUGAGACAGCACUGGGAAGAACGAACGGGGCCCGAGCUCAGGAUGGGGUGCGGGGUGAAAGCGCAGGCAGGGACACCCAGGAGCCAGGGCCACAGAAGGCUGAGCAUUCAGUUUAAUUCUCUCUUAAUAUUCUUUAAAAAUGAGCACAGAAAUCCAUUCCAGGUAGCCUCCCCUCCCCACCUGUUGUGACAUUUGUCCAGAUGUCACCCCCCCUCCCCAAGGAAGUGGUUCAUCCCUGGGGAGCGAGGCCUGAGAAAGGAGUCCCCGACCCUCCUGCUGCCCGCCGCACUGAGACGGGGCAGGCGGAGGGAGACCACAGUGGCCAAGUGCGGGGGCGGAGGGCCGGGAUGCCGCGUGGUCUGGCCUCCAGCCACGCCCCCCCAGGUCUGUUUUUGGUUUAGUCAUUA